AUGGCGGAGGUGCUGCCACAGAUCAGAGUGAGAGCAGAUACGCAGUCACGAGAAGCGAGCUCCAAGGUGGCGACGCCCGCCAUCCUGCCAUUGAGAGAUGCAACGAAUAAUACAGGCAAUGGGCGCGUAAUCGCACCCGAGAGCGUGGAAGCCGCUGACGCCGCUCCUCCAGCACGACAGUUACCAAAUACCAAAAGCUAUCCAAGCAAGUUCAUGCAAACCCUUUCUGGCAAUCAGGCGCAUGCUGCGAGCAAGUCUCCCGGGGCAGAGGAACGGAGAGAUUCGCAAGCAAUUGACCCUCUAUCACACCAUAUCCUCAACAGAGCGAAUAUGCCGAACUCAUUGCCUCUGAAGAUGCGCUCAGGCGCCGCUGAAGAAGAUAACGGCGAAAGUGAUAAUAGCGCAUCCGUAGCAACAGCUCAGACCUCCUCAGAGCCAUCCGCUGUACGCAACGAUAGCGCGGGUCCUGGUUCAAAAGACAAGAGCCGCUUCGCUCCGAAGAAGAAAGACGUCUUAUCCGAGAUCAACGAUAAUGAUUCCGAAGUGGGCGACAAAAGAACCGAAGGAAUGGAUGCGGAAAUAUUCUCCCAGCCGAUUGGAUACAUACCUCAAUUUCCAUCACCGCCAAAAUACAUCAAGGUGCGAUCACAUGGCAAGAAAGAGAGGGACUUUCAGAGGCUCUUCCUCGCCCAGGAGUUGAGGGGAAGGUCGGGUGUGGAGAUUGCACAGUCUGGAGGUAGGCUUGUCAAGAACGGGGCAUAUAAACAUGGGGAAAAGGAUGGCAAUGCGAUAUGGGCGAUGGAGUUCUCAAAAGAUGGCAAACAUCUGGCAGCCGGUGGGAAGGAUUACGUUGUCAGAGUCUGGGAAGUCUUGUCCACAAAAGACGAGCGACAGACGCAUGAGAAAGAAGAGGAAUCUGCGGCGAAGGCGGGCGACAGUGUCCGACUGAAUGCGCCAGUAUUCAAACCCAAGACGGUACAGGAGUAUGGAGGUCACACAGCAAGCAUCUUGGACCUGAGCUGGAGCAAACACAGUGACUUUGUCACAUCCAUACAAUUCCAUCCGCGCGAUGAUCGAUUCUUCCUCGCAGGGUCACUGGAUUCGAAACUUCGACUGUGGAGCAUACCAGACAAGAGCGUCGCGUAUUGGACACAAACACCGGACCUGGUCACUGCCGUCGCAUUUGCUCCGGAUGGCAAGACCGCAAUCGCAGGCUGUCUGAACGGAUUAUGUCUAUUCUAUGAAACAGAAGGCUUGAAAUACCAGACACAGAUCCAUGUUCGCUCAGCGCAUGGAAAGAAUGCCAAGGGAAGCAAAGUCACCGGUAUACAAGCCAUCAACUACCCACCUGAAGAUUCAAACGGAGAAGUCAAGCUUCUAAUUACCAGCAAUGACUCUCGGGUACGCGUCUACAAUCUUAGAGACAAGGGUCUCGAGCUCAAACUGAAAGGUAACGAGAACUCAUGCAGUCAAAUACAUGCUUCGUUCAGCGAUGACGCGCGGUACAUAGUAUGUGGUAGCGAGGAUCGCAAGGUAUAUAUAUGGUCUACAGGACAGCCAGAAACCGAAAGGGACAAGCGGCCUCUCGAGACUUUUGAAGCCCAUUCAGCUAUUGUCACUACUGCGAUCAUGGCGCCUACGAAGACAAGACAGCUCCUCAGUGCAUCAGGCGACCCUCUGUACGACUUAUGCAACCCUCCACCCGUGACACUAAUCAGUCGCACGCAAUCGCAGGCAUCCUCCAUACCUCCUACCGAAGGCAGCCCGCAACCUGACAGUUACAUUCUUCCCACUUCGACGACACCCGACGUCACCAGAACCACUAAGCCGGAAGAAUCGCCAGCUUACCUUGCUCGCUGCGCCCAUCCAGACGGCAACAUCCUUGUCACAGCUGACUUCAUGGGUCAUAUCAAAGUCUUCCGCCAAGAUUGCGCCUUACAAAACCGGCUGCGGAACAACGACAGCGCAUUAUCCAAGAAGAUGCUCGGGAGAACGAGUUCGGUCGCCACGAAGAACAGCAAAACUUCCCGGCGUGACUCUCUCCAAAUGGGCCAUCCCUCAUCCGAACGUAUCCUCUCGUGGCGUCAAUCGAUUUCAAGCAACAAUGGAAGCUUCGACAAUUCCCGUCUCAGCCAACAGAGAAGUAGCUCUCCACGCAAGUCGUUGGGUGCAGGAUCCCUCCAACCCGCUCGCCUUCCGAGUCAAAACACGAUCGUAACAACUCCAUCUCUGCCCAGCACCUCUCAACAACACAGCCCACAUCGCUCCUCUGACGAAUCUAAAGGUCUAGGUCUAGACAUUGAGAAACUCAGCCUUAAACCCCCGAAAAUGGACUCCAAAUGUGCCAUCGAAGCUAAUCCACUGAUGCUACGAGGAGAGCAAAGCUAUAUGUUCUGGAACUCGGCCGUCUACCAGGCGCAGGCUGCUACUGCAUCCCAUCUCGGCCCCAAGUACGAGCCCAGUCGCCACAACCGCAACGGCUACUCUCCAAAUACAAGCACGGCCGGGAGCAGUAAUCGCUCCAGCGUUGAGAGGCAUCAUUCACACUUGGGCGUGCCGAUAGCAAAGGCAGAUACCCAGGUUAGCAGGCUGAGCAGUGAGGAGGAAAGUGGUGGGGAAAGCCCGCAGAGGGAGGAGGGAAAGGGUGUGACUUGUAGAAGAUGUGGAGGGAAGAGCUUUAAAGUUACGAUUGGGGGAAAUCAAAGGAAGCAGAUCCUGGAGUGUGGGAGUUGUGGGGAGGGUCGCCUCACGACCGGCGCAUCCCGCCGCCGCUUCAUCGCAUCCAACGGCUGCAAGCCCCUCCGGAAAUGGCGCCACAAAGACCCGGUGCUCGGACUCGACUUCCUCUGGGCCAGCUACAGAGCCGUCGAAGAGCACCGAGCGCUCGAAAUGAUGAAGGGCCAGUUCGAUCUCGUGGGGUGGAAUACGGCACAGAUAAGGAUUUUGACCGACACCGUUGUGGCUACGAUCGAGCCGGAGAAUCUGAAGUGUCUCCUCGCGAGCGAUUUUCGGAGUUAUAGUUUGACGGAUGCGCGGAAGAAGUUGAUGAGGCCGUUUUUGGGGGAGGGCAUUUUUACGACGGAUGGGAAAGAGUGGCAGCACUCGAGAGAGAUGUUGAGGCCGAAUUUCGUAAGAACGCAGAUUGGCGACGUCGAGAUGUUUGAGAAACACGUCGAACAUUUAAUCCAAGCGAUCCCGAGGGAUGGCUCCACGGUCGGUCUGCAGGAUUUGUUUUUCAAAUUCAGUUUGGAUGUUGCCACCGAUCUUCUCUUUGGAGAAAGUACCAAUACUCUAGCACCCGGCUUUGCGGAUGCCGACGUCACGGAGUUCGUGGAUGCGUACGGUUAUUGCUUGCGAGCUCUUGAUGGGACUAGCCUUACGGAAGAAGACCGUGAUGGGCGUACGGGGUGGGCUUGGGGCUUUCUGGGGCUGUUUCUGCCGAAUCUGAAAUUGAAGCAGCAGACCGGGGUCGUGCAUAACUUCGUCGACAAGCUUGUCGAGAACGCCAUGACGAAUCGAGACGCACGCAGGUCUGAAUCAGAGAAGGAUCCAACCUCCCGCUACGUCUUCCUCCACGAGCUCGUCUCCCAAACAUCAGACAAGAUCAAAAUCCGCUCCGAACUCCUCAACAUCCUCCUCGCCGGCCGCGACACCACCGCUUCCUUACUCUCCAACGUCUGGUUCGAGCUCUCCAAACGCCCCGACGUCUGGACCCGACUCCGGCGCGAAGUCGACUCCCUCGACGGCGAACUUCCCACUUUCGAGAACCUGAAAGACAUGAAGUACCUCCGCGCCGUACUCAACGAGUCGUUGCGACUGUAUCCCGUCGUGCCGGAAAACGAUCGCCAAGCGGAAGUCGACACGGUGUUACCGGUGGGUGGCGGGGAGGAUGGGAAAUCUCCCGUGUUCGUCGCGAAGGGCCAGAUGGUCCACUGGAGCCUCUACACCAUGCAUAGACGCAAGGAUCUCUACGGCGACGACGCGGAAUCCUUCAAGCCUGAGCGCUGGCUCGAUCAGGGCGAGAAGAAAGGCUUGAGGGUCGGGUGGGAGUAUCUGCCUUUUAAUGGCGGGCCGAGGAUUUGCAUCGGUCAACAAUUCGCCCUCACAGAAGCAUCCUACGUCACCGCGCGCCUCGCGCAGGACUUCCCCACAAUCGAAAGCCGAGACCCUGAGCCCUGGCGCGAGAAAUUCAGCCUCACGUGCACGGGGCUGGGCGGUUGCGAAGUCGCCCUGUUCCCGAAGUGA